GCUUCAAUCCUAUUGUCAACACUCUAGUCAAUCAUCUAAGCACAUCCUAGGCCUUGCAGAUACGCCUCACUUUGCCAGUAUCCCAGUUGCAAUCGCUAUACCACCUUUUUUAUCCACGGCAGCUGUCAACCGCUUAGGAAUGCGCGAAUCGAGGGUUUGACUACUAGAUCUGUAAUCCUGGUGACUUCUCUUUGUAUCACAUGACUCAUCGUACCACUGAGAUCUAGACCGGUAUCGAAGCGCCCGCGGCCUCGAACGCUGCAAGGCGACUGUGUCUAGCAUAACGCCUUGACUUCCCAUUACAGCCUCGUGCAUUUCCAAGACUCCGCUCCGCUGCCCAGAAUUUCAACAGAGAGCGCUUCGGCAUGUCUACCAAUCCCGUCCAAUCCGAGCCAGUGGCGUCUCCAGACGAUUCCGCGGAAGACGCUGAUACUGGCCAUGCGUCCGUGGCCGCUGCAAACGUCACAGUGCCGCACUCAUUACGACGAUACCUGGGUCUUAAACGCUUGGAGAAACUAGAUCUACCAUACCAUCCCUUGUACGAGAAUGCGGCGUCAGACCAUAGGACGAGUUUGGUUCAAUUUUUCAACAGUCUCUUUACUGAAAUCGAGCAAGUUGAUUUUGACAAAGAUCCGAAAGAAUGCGGAAUCUGGAGUCCCCGGAAUAGGAGUGUGCUGAUGCCUCCACUAAACGCCACUGGAGAUAACAAGGAACUUCCAGUUCCCAUCUCGGUUAAGAAACGCAUCCUUACAAUCAACCAAGAGCGCUGGCUAGCCAGAACAUCCACUCACAGUGAUUCGCAUGUCAAGUUUUCUGAAUUGGCGCACUUGCUUGCACGAGAACACAGUCAUAAUGAAUAUGUUUAUACGCCCAGUGUCUUCGAUGCUGUUGAGCUUCUGACAUGGGAUCGAGAAGACUUGCUCACUGCUUUGCGUGCAUCAAAGCACGAGGAAAGAAUACAUAAUGUAGAGAUGUCUAUCUUCCAGAUGUUUCACGAAAUGCCAAAGGUCGCUGGCCGUGAUCUUUUACAAGACCGUGUCUUCCAUGUGCUAGUUGUCACUACACAAACCAAUCAUGCUGAGAGCCCUUCUGAGCUAGUUCGAUCCUCGACUGUUCAGCUGCCAAUUGACUUUGAGUCUUUUAACGAUAGCACUAUAGUGCAAAGAAGCCAUGUGAAGAAAGCGGGGUCACCGAGAACCUACCAGAUUCCACCGGGACAUGAGAGAUCUGGUUCAAAGCAUACUGACAAGCGGUUGCCGCAUCAAGGAAAGAGGUUGACAGAAGGAAAGUACGCUUCACUGGAACUGCUGAUUUCAGCACCAAGGGGGCCACAGUCUGAUGUUGAUAGCCUUGGUGAUCAUCGUUGGGACAUGAUGACUUUGAGUACAGCUGGGGGUCUGACACGCAUCGCGCCGAAAAGCGUGCAGGAGAAAGAGACUCUAGUGGCGACUGCAAAAGAUGUAGAGUAUGUUCUUGCAUACAUUGCUGAGCAGCGGCACCAGCGGUGCGGCUGAGGAGUGGGGGCUGUAAGUAUUAACGGUAGUGCCAAAAGCGGCAAGGCUGAGACCGAGCGAACCACAUGUCGUGGCUGCGACACCAUGCCACUUUGCGUACAUUUUGACUCUAGUAGGCGGCCUUGCGCCUCAUGCAUACGAAGCACGGAUUUGGAGAACCUGUCGUUUUGCUUUCUUGUAUCUACGCGACUCAUUAAUGCCAUCUCAUCGUUGUUCAC